GUCAGUGGAAACACUCUUCCUCUGUACUCCAUUGUUGGAGGUGAUGUCAGUCUGCCGUGUAACAAUGUGAUUUAUCCAAACUGCUCCUCAACUACAUGGAACUAUGGAUCUAUUGAAGAAGUUGGUCAUGGGAGGGUGAAAAAGGAAAAACAGAACAACAGAGCAGACAGACUGAGUUCAGGGUCUGACUGUUCUCUACAUUUUAGUGAUGUCAGAGCUGAGGAUGCUGGAUUCUACACCUGUCGACAGUUCCUUACAAAGGGUGGACCACAAUAUGGAGGUGAUGCUCAUGUUCAUCUGUCUGUUCUAACUAGUGAGUAUUACUGUUUAAAUCAGAGCUGUGCAAAAGUGUAGUGUUGAUAGUCAUAUUAAACAUGAGCAGUACAUACUGAAAGAUUAUGCAAGUAUUAUUUUUUCUCUUUCUCAGUGUCCUCGUCCUCACCAGUCACAGAUAUAAAACCUGAUAGACCAGUAACAUUAAGGUGCUCUCUGCACACCCUCAAUGGACCUGGCAGAUGUGCCCCAGGCAUGAACCAAGAUGUUAGUCUGAGCUGGCAGAGGGUGGAUGAGGCAGAUACUGAGCUGAUUGAGGCAGGUACUAAUCUGCAGGGAGACUCCAGAUACCAGGUCACACAGCCGUCUCACUGUGACAUCACUCUGAAUAUGACACUCCAGAGGGAGGACAACAACAGGAAGUGGAGGUGUCAGAUGACUGGAAAAGUGGAAAUCUUCCUGGAUUUCACCUUUAAGUUCUCAGGUAGGGAUUCUAUAUUCUAUAUCUCCCACUUGUAUGUAUAUUGUGUAGUAAAUACUACAUCUGCCUUAUUAACCACCUGAUAAAAUGAUGUGAUUAAACAGCUCCGCAUCCCCUCCCAGGUUCUCCACUAAACCAGACCCUCCUCCUAACUGUAUCUGUUGGAGCAGCUGUGUGUGUCGCUGCUGCUGUCAUCAUUGUACACAGAAGAAGAGCAAGUAAGUACAGACAUUCAUCGUUUUUCUUUGAGUUGAAUGGAAUAUAAUAAUAAAACACACAUGGAGCAAAUUGUUCCUCUGUAUCAAUUCUUCUGAUGUCUUUCUUUGUUCUUUUCAGAUAAUCAAGUGCCAAAUGAUAACAGCAUUGUGAGUAACAAAGACAUAUUAUUGGUGUACAAUGGCUUAAUUAACACUGUUAGUGUAUUAUACUAUUGUUGUAGUAAAAUAACUAAGAGGUUCCACUAUAUUUAUGUUAAUUGAGUACCAUUGUUACUCAUUAAUGUAGGGUCUGAAUGCAAUAAACCACUCCACCCCACCAACCAAUGAGGACAAGGUUAGUGCAUUAACACGUUCAUUUAAUUUCAUUUUAACCAGUUGUUAUCACGCAUUGAGACUAAUGAUUCAGAUUUCAAUAACAAUUUUGGUACUUGUAGUGUCAACCUGCUGACAGUAUCACCUAUGCCUCCAUCCUCCACUUCAACCAAAAUCUGCCUCAGAGAGUUGAUGUAAGUGAAGCUAUACUGUACAUAUUGUAAUAUUAUGACUCUCCCUCCUAUAAACAGUUUGAAGUCUUUACUUUGGUGUGUGCGUGUGUGUGCGUUUUGCUUGCUCGGAUACUUUAUCUGAGAUUGAUGCGUCUUUCUGUUGGUGUGCGUCUCGGUCAAAUAAAUUAUCAAUAUUUUAUUUCAAUGGGCAAGGAGGUACGGGCCCGGUCCGCCCUACCGUACCUCCUUGCCUGUCCAAAUAAAAUAUUGAUAAUUUAUUUGACCGAGACAUGCGCAGACAGAAUGACACAUCAAUCUCAGAUAAAGCAUCCGAGAAUGCGAAACAGCAUUCUGGACAAAAGGAGUAUGGCAUAUCAUACUUUUUCUGGUCAGACAGGAUCACAUACAUGGGCUAAAUAUUGUUAGACAGAGGGGUGCUGUUUCAGCAGAGAGGAAGAGGUGAAGCGAGAGGGCUCACUCUCGCCAAAAUCUGUCCUGAAUAAGCCCAAUGCGUUUCUAUGGGCAUAAUAUGCAGACCUUUAGCUUGUCACCUGCAUUCCCGCCUUUGGGACAACGACUAGCAUUGUUAGGGUGGAGACGUGAGCAUCUCGUCAUUAUACUGAUCUCUGGUUACAGCCAACUUGCUAAUUAGAAAGGAAAGUUGGCGGAUGCAGAGUGCACUGUUCAGAUGCUGGCUUCCCCUAAUUCAAAAUACUUUACCAAAGAGCUUGACUUAGCCACAGAGGAUCAUUAGCUUAUUUAAAAGAAAUAGCUGUGGAUUGUUUCAAAUCACAAGUGCAUAAAGGCUUAUGCCUAUUUGGGAAGCUCGCGUGGCGUUAGGCUGAGCUUAUUGAGUUGGGAGUGAAAAGCAUCUAAAAUGUGGGAAGAGCAUAAUUUUAAAUGUUGAGACAAGAAGAAGGGCAGCGGUGUGUGGCGAAGAUAUGGGCGUCUUUCUCCAGAAUGCAGGCACUCAACUCUCCAGAAUGUGCUCCGCUGUCUCCAGCCAAUUCUUUUACAUUCAUUGUUUCAUUGUGUGAAUCGUUUGCCCUUUGAUUGUUUAUUUUGAUAAAUUCCCCAUUACAUACAGUGCAUUCGGAAAGUAUACCCCUUCCCUUUUUCCACUUUGUGUUACAGUACGUUACAGCCUUAUUCUAAAAUUGAUUACAUUAAAAAAUCAAUCUACACACAAUACCCCAUAAUGACAAAGCGAAAACAGGUUUUGAUUUUUUUUAGCAAAGUUAUACAAGUAAAAAACAGAAAUACUCGAUUUACAUAAGUAUUCAGACCAUUUGCUAUGAGACUCGAAAUUGAGCUCAGGGGCAUCCUGUUUCCAUUGAUCAUCCUUGAGAUGUUUCUACAACUUGAUUGGAGUCCACCUGUGGUAAAUUCAAUUGAUUGGACAUGAUUUGGAAAGGAACACACCUGUCUAUAUACUGUAAGGUCCCACAGUUGACAGUGCAUGUCAGAGCAAAAACCAAGCCAUGAGGUCGAAGGAAUUGUCCAUAGAGCUCUGAGACAGGAUUGUGUCAAGGCACAGAUCUGGGGAAGGGUACCAAAACAUUUCUGCAGCAUUUAAGGUCCAUAAGAACACAGUGGCCUCCAUCAUUCUUAAAUGGAAGAAGUUUGGAACCACCAAGACUUUUCCUAGAGAUGGCCGCCCGGCCAAACUGAGCAAUCGGGGGAGAAGGACCUUGGUCAGGGAGGUGACCAAGAACCCAAUGGUCACUCUGACAGAGUUCCAGAGUUCCUCUGUGGAGAAGGGAGAACCUUUCAGAAGGACAACCAUCUCUGCAGCACUCCCCCAAUCAGGCCUUUAUGGUAGAGUGGCCAGACGGAAGCCACUCCUCAGUAAAAGGCACAUGACAGCCCACUUGGAGUUUGCGAAAAGGAGCCUAAAGGACACUCAGACCAUGAGAAACAAGAUUCUGUGGUCUGAUGAAACCAAGAUUGAACUCUUUGGCCUGAAUGCCAAGCGUCACGUUUGGAGGACACCUGGCACCAUCCCUACAGUGAAGCAUGGUGGUGGCAUCAUCAUGUUGCGGGAAUGUUAUUCAGUGGCUGAGAAUGGGAGACUAGUCAGGAUCGAGGAAAGAUGAACAGAGCAAAGUACAGAGAGAACCUUGAUGAAAACCUGCUCCAGAGCGCUCAGGACCUCAGACUGGGGCGAAGGUUCACCUUCCAACAGGACAACGAUCCUUAGCACACAGCCAAGAUAACACAGGAGUGGCUUCGGGACAAGUCUCUGAAUGUCCUUGAGUGGCCCAGCCAGAGCCCGGACUUGAACCCGAUCGAACAUCUCUGGAGAGACCUGAAAAUAGCUGUUCAGCGAUGCUCCCCAUCCAACCUGACAGAGCUUGAGAGGAUCUGCAGAGAAGAAUUGGAGAGACUCCCCAAAUACAGUUGUGGCAAGCUUAUAGCGUCAUACCCAAGAAGACUCGAGGUUGUAAUCGUUGCCAAAGGUGCUUCAACAAAGUACUGAGUAAAGGGUCUGAAUACUUAUGUAAAUGAAAAACCUGUUUUUGCUUUGUCAUUAUGGGGUAUUGUGUGUAGAUUAAUGAGGGGAAAAAAACAAUUGAAUCCAUUUAAGAAUAAGGCUGUAACGUAACAAAAUGUGGAAAAAGUCAAGGGGUCUGAAUACUUUCCGAAUGCACUGUGUGUAACCAGUACGCAUAGUAAAUGUACUGUUGAUCCCCAUCAUCUGCUUACAUUAAUUACUGUUACUGCAUUAGUAAUUUACCAUUCUCAUUCUCAGAGUGGAAACAUUGUUUGCAGAGUUCAUGACCUGCUACACUUGUGAGAAACAAGUACUGGUUUAUUUCAUAACCAUAAUUUAGGAGGUUUAUACAUUUUGUGUGGUUUCUCUGUCCUGAUAAUAUUGAGGGAGCGAGUGCCUGAGCAUGCCAACAUGCAUAGUUGAUACAAUGUUGCACUUCACUAGAGAUAGCUCAAGUCAAGACAGACAGGUGAGUAGAGAGAUUAUUGCGAUUGAAAGAACCUGCAUUUUUAUCAGGAUAUUUUCUACUGUUUUAAUUUCUCAGCUUUAGGCGUACAUAUUUUGACUUAGUUGAUGAUGGAAGUUAUAGGCUUACUGCUGCAUUGGCUUAUAGGCUAUUUCUGAGUACCAUGUGCAAUAAUUGUUUUUGCAGCAAUGGAUCACAGUGUAUAUAUGUGUCCAUAUGGUAAUGCUCUUGCAUUAGUUGAAUUUUUACUUUUAGAUUUUUAUCAUUUUAAUUCAGAUUUGUGUGAUUAACCACGUGACAAUACUUUUAAGAAACUAAAACACUACUUUUGAAAUUAAACUGUUCCGUGAAAAUGCGCUUAUAAAAAUAAUCCUAACUGGCAUGCAGAUAGUUAGACAUGGUAGAAUAAAUUGUAAGCGUCCCCAAACUUUAUCUCAGGUUCCCAUAGUAAUAGUACUCAUUAUAACAUCUAUGCAUAUGAUCAUCCAUCAUAACUGUGAUAAGAGGGUAUUAAAAAAUGAGUGUUUGAGUAGUGUUCGGAUUUACUACGUUGGUGGGGACGUGUCUUAUCUAACUAAAAUUACGGGUAUUAGAGGAAUGUUCCAUUAAACUGUUAGUUUUGCUUGAUAUUAGGAUAGAGGUUGCCUGGUGCUUUAUACCUGGAUGGGAUAGUUAAAUUUGAAUGUCUUGCUAUUGGAGGGAGUAUGGAGAGUAGGGUUGUUUGCGUAGUUCGCUGAGUUUUGCCAUGAGUAAGAAGAUUUUCUGUAACCAAUGUUGUUAGACGAGUAUGUGAUGCUGAACAGGCUACUGGUGGUUUAUGUGAGAUUUUUGAAGGAUUGGGCGUGAAUGACAUUGGAGGAGUAUACUUGAGUGUAUUUUUAUAAGUAGUUAGUAUGGUCAUAUCAUCUGGUCUUGCGUAUUGCACAAUUGCCUAUGGUCUUUAUUAUAACACCCAAGGACAUCCACACAGGAGGUCCUGUGGAAAAAACUGGCCCACCUAUAGAAAUCAAAUGCCCAUCCAACUGAUUCAUUCUGGUGCCCUGUUGUGUGUGUGUAUUUUUUGUUUUACUAUCCUUGUGGAGACCAGAAGUCCUCACAAGGAUAGUAAAACAAGGACAAUUUGGACAAAUGGGGACUUUUUGCCAGUCCCCACAAGGAAAGAGGCUAUUUUAGGGUUAGGGUUAGGGGUGAGGGGUUAGAGUUAAGGUUAGGGUUAGGGAAAAUAAGUCCCCACAACGAUAGUAAAACUAAUAUGUGUGUGUGCGUGUGUGUGUGUUGUCACUGUAGGUCCAGGAUGAAGAUGCAGUGACCUAUUGCUCUGUUAUGCCCUCUUCUACCAGAGAGACAGAGAACCCUGCUGACCCCAGCUCUACUCCACAGCCAAGACAUCAACAUGAAGACUACACUCAGUCUUUCACAGCC